AUGCAGAAACAGGGAAGAGGGGCUAAUCUCCUCAAAAGAGCACUUCAAUUAUCUUCCAUACCUCACUUUCAACAAAGUAGUCAGGUUUUAAAUGAAACGUCUAUACACACAACACCAAAUUUAGAUACACAAGGAAGUGUGGCAUCUGAUUUUAGCAACAAUCAUGGUAAUGUUGGUGAUGGUGAACCUGUAUCGCCUAGCAUCAGUCAGUAUUUAUUAAUCCAUGAUACUGAUGAAUGUAUUCUGAAUGAAAAGACAGGAGAAAUACAAUACAGUAAUCUUGUCUUAAGUGAAAGGUCUAAUAAUACGAUCCCAGAUUCAGAGAAAAUUCAAGAAAUUAUUGAAUCUGAUGUUUGCGACGAUGAUGAUGAUGAUGCCUAUGAACCGGAUGGAAAUGAAAGCUCCACUGAAGGCAGUGAAAAUUUGAAUGCCAAUAAAAGGCGUGGAAUAAAACGGACUCGUUACCGAUCUAAGCAACAAAAACGACGCAUGCUAGGAAAAUCUUAUAAUGGUUUAAAGAAGAUAGACGGUCAUUGGAUUCAAAGUAAUUUUAGAAGAGCUAGACAAAUGAAGGAUGCUUGCAACUGCAAAUCUGCAAAAUUGAAAUGUCGAAAGUUUUCAGAUGAAGCUAGAAAGAAUAUACAUGAAAACUUUUGGCAAAAUUUAAAUUGGGAACAGCGCACAGUUUAUGUGGCAAGCUUGGUUGUCCAAAUAGAGCCUACUACUCGAAGGCAAAAUAUUGAAUGUUGGCGUAGAAAUUUUACUUUGAAAUAUCAUUUAAGGCACAAUGGCGAUCGUCUUCCUGUGUGUAAAAAAAUGUUUUUAAACACUCUUGAUCUGGGUGAAAAAUGUGCAAGAUCCUGGUGCACACGGUCUCAAAACGGAAUUCCUACCCCGUCGACAUCACGUUCAACCUUAAAUAACGCUCAAGUAGAUCGCGAUACUCAUAUUCAAUCAUUCUUACGAAAUUUAGCAAAGAUGGAAUCCCAUUAUUGUCGGGCAAACUCUACGAAGAUUUUCUUAGAACCAAACUGGGAUUCCUUGACAGACUUACAUUAUAAUUACAAACUAAUAGCCGAAAAAGAUAACAUAAAACCAUAUUCUUGGACUCAUUUUUCACAAGAACUAAAAAAACAAAACAUUACUUUAUUUCAAAACCGUAAAGACCAGUGCGACACAUGUUUUGCUUUUCAUGAAUCUAGAUUGGACAAAGAUAAGUACGAAUUACAUUUAUUAAGAAAAAAUAUGGGCAGGAACAAUAAAGCAGCAGAUAAGAGACUGGCCGAAAUGGAUACCUCAUUAAAGGUAUUUUGUGUAGACGUUCAAGCUAUUUUGUUGGCUCCAAAAUUAAAUGUGUCACUAGCGUAUUACAAAAUGAAAUUGAAAAUUCAUAAUUUCACAUCAUUUGAUCUUACGACGCACAAAGGUAGAUGCUACCUUUGGGAUGAAGUAAAUGGAGGGCUAGAAGCUGAUGUUUUUGCUUCUCUGUAUGUUGAUUUGAUUAAAACUGAAUUUGAAAGAUCAGAUAGAAAUUUAACUAAAAUAAUAUUAUGGUCGGAUGGUUGUGGAUAUCAAAAUCGAAACCAAGUAGUAUCGAAUGCUAUUUUGGACUGUGCUGUCAAAUUAGGCAUAAUCAUAGAGCAAAAAUAUCUUGAACAUGGACACACAUUCAUGGAAGUGGAUUCAGAACACAGUGUUAUAGAUCGAAAAAUUAGAAAGAAGAAUAUUUUUUUUACCUGCUGA